UGCUAUUACUACUCACUCCCAUUUGACUCGAAUCCCGCAGCCCUGCAGCCCAACCAUCCAAUCAUCGCCGUUGUUGUUGAUGUUGCAUGCCCCCUGCCAUUCACUUCGUCUUCUUGCUCGCUGCAACCCAUCACGCGCACACCACACACACCCUCGCACGCGCACCCCCGCGGUCCCGAAUAUCCUCUCCCUCUCUCCCUCCCAUCUCCGCCCUAUUAUCCACCUUUUCGCCCCAUCCAUGCAUACUUGCGUUCUCCGACUUUUGCUUGCCCUAUAAGUUUCCGUCUACCGCCCGCUUCCUGCGUCUGUUGACGUCCUCCUUCAAUUGACUGACUGACUGACUGCCAAGUUGUGUGUGUCUGCUGCCUCCCUCCCAUCAUGGCCAUUGGCAACAUCUACCUCAUCUCCGCCAUCGCCGUUAUUGGCGGUGGUCUGUUUGGCUUCGACAUCAGUUCCAUGUCUGCCAUUCUCCCUAUCCAGCCGUACCGAUGCUACUUCAACCAGCAGGGCCGUGAUGCUAGAGGCAACUGUCUCGGUCCGCGCUCUGAUGUCCAGGGCGGAAUCACUGCCAGUAUGGCUGGUGGCUCGUGGCUUGGUGCCCUCGUCUCUGGUAUUCUGACCGACAAGGUCGGCCGUAAGAAGGCCAUCAUGAUCGGCUCCAUCAUCUGGAUCAUCGGCUCCGUCAUCUCCGCCGCCUCCCAAAACAUCGCCAUGCUCAUCGUCGGCCGCGUCAUCAACGGCUUCUGCGUCGGCAUCUGCUCCGCCCAAGUCCCCGUCUACAUCUCCGAGCUGUGCCCGCCCCGACUCCGAGGCCGCCUCGUCGGCGCCCAGCAAUGGGCCAUCACCUGGGGCAUCCUCAUCAUGUUCUACAUCUCCUACGGCUGCAGCUUCCUCAAGGGCAACGCCGCCUUCCGCAUCCCCUGGGGCCUCCAGGCCAUCCCCGCCGUCAUCCUCCUCGUCGGCAUGCUCUUCCUGCCCGAGUCCCCGCGCUGGCUCGCCCGCAAGGACCGCUGGGAAGAGUGCAAGAGCGUGCUCGUCCUCGUGCUGGGCAAAGGCGAUCCCCACAGCUCGCUUGUCGCGGAAGAAUACGCCGAGAUCCAGGCCUACUGCGAGUUUGAGCGCCAGAACGCAGACGUCUCCUGGAUGGAGCUCUUCCGGCCCGGCAUGCUCAACCGCACCCACAUCGGCGUCUUCACCCAGAUCUGGUCGCAGCUCACCGGCAUGAACGUCAUGAUGUACUACAUAACCUACGUCUUCACCAUGGCCGGCCUAACCGGCAACAACCUCCUCAUCUCCUCCUCCAUCCAAUACAUCAUCAACGUCCUCAUGACCAUCCCCGCCCUCCUCUUCGUCGACCGCCUCGGCCGCCGCCCCGUCCUCCUCGCCGGCGCCCUCCUAAUGGCAACCUGGCAAUUCGCAAAUGCGGGCCUCCUCGCCUCCUACGGCCACCCCGCCCCGCCAGGCGGCGUAGACGGCAUCCCCGAAGCAAGCUGGCAAAUCGCAGGCCCGCCCUCCAAAGCAGUCAUCGCAUGCACAUACCUCUUCGUCGCCUCCUUUGCCCCUACCUGGGGCCCCGUCUCGUGGAUCUACCCGCCCGAACUCUUCCCCCUGCGCGUCCGCGGCAAGGCAGUUGCGCUCGCGACGUCCGCGAAUUGGGCGUUCAAUUUCGCACUUGGAUACUUUGUCCCGCCCGCGUUUGUGAAUAUUCAGUGGAAGACGUAUCUUGUCUUUGGCGUGUUUUGUGUUGCGAUGUUUGUGCAUGUUUUCUUUUUGUUCCCCGAGACGGCCGGCAAGCCGCUUGAGGAGGUCGAGGAGAUGUUUCUUGAGGGUGUGCCGGCGUGGAAGACGGGGGUUGGGCUCAAGGGUGGGCAUAGUGGAAGGGCGGCGGCGAAGUUGGAGAAGUUGGGGAAGGUGGGCGGGGAUGGGCAUGGGGAUGGGGUGGAGAGUAGUCCGGAGAGGCUUGAGAGUGCGGCUGUGGGGAAGGUGUAAGGGAUUGGGUCGGUGGGUGGAUUGUGGAUUGUGGAUUGGAUUUGAGGGGAUUGGAAAUGACUUUUUGGGUGUGGAGAUACGGGUAUAGACUGUUUGUUUUACAUGCCAUGCCAUGCCAUGCCAUGCUAAGCUAGCUGUGCUAGCCACGCAUCUGAUAGACCAUAUCAACUCAUACACACACAUCAAGCCACCUCUGACCUGACAACCAUGACCAUGCCGUGCUAAUACAAUACAAUACACCAACCCUACUCUCCCUACCUACCCUAAUUGAACAAAACCGCACUCCCUUUCCGCCUUCCACCUAAUUGAUCAUCAAAACCAAACUGCCCCUAAUUACCUAUACACAUACCCCCUCUCCACACCACACAAGCCACACCUCCCCAUCCCCCUACCACAGCGCCCCAUCCCGAU